UCAUCAGGACAUUUGUUUGGGUGACUGGAAGGUUCAUUGGCUCUCCAAAACAGGGGGCGGGGGUGUAAGUUUUCGUAUAGAAAGUGAUUGUUUGUUAGGGUUUGAUUACCAUCGGUGAAAAUGUCGGAUUGGGAAGCAGAAAGUGAUGAGGAAGAUCGGCAGAGAAAAAAGACUGCAGUCCGUUUACCUGAAUGGAAACCUGUGUCUCUACCUAGGGAUAAUUUUCAGAGUCAGCGUUUCGUACAGGGGAAAUGGGAUACGUUGCGAACACCGAAGAGUAGGGGAGAAGAGAGCUGGCGGGAGAGGCAUGACAGCUGCAGCAGUUUUGAACGAAGGCAGGAAAGUCGAAGCACGGGAAGGUGGGAUGGCCGUAAACAAGAAUGGGUAUCAAGUCGAACCUUGGAUGGAUCGGUCCCGUUGUGCUUUGGUUUGGAUAGUUCUUUGAUUGGAAGACUCAUAGGACGUGGAGGAUCUAAGAUUCGUGAGUUGGAAGAGUCAACAGGUUCCAAAAUACAGGUUUCAAGUGGUAACUAUGAAAGUGAAGUAAAGAUUUAUGGAAGUAAUGAAGCGCAACACAAGGCCAAGGGCUUAAUAGAUGAACUUGUGUCAAGAAACCAAGGUGGUGGCUUUUCAGAAAGAAGACUUCAAAGAGACCAGCCUUCUGGAGAAGGAAAUGGAAAUGACUGUGCUUCAAGCUGUGUGCGUUACAAAGCAAUUGACUGGACUGCAGUUCGAGAAAACAGUGAAAAAUACGAAGCCUUGAAAUGGUCUAAUUUGCCACCAGUAAAGAAAAAUUUCUAUAUCGAAUCAGAGCGGGUGUCCAGUUUGUCAGCAGAAGAGGUAGAAAAAAUAAGGAAAGAGAGUAACAAUAUUAUUUGUGAUGACUUGAAAGAGCCAAAACGGGCAAUACCUAAUCCUGUGCUUACAUUUGAAGAUGCAUUUAUUGAAUAUCCUGGCAUUAUGGAAAACAUAAGGAGAGUUGGCUUCCUGAAGCCUACACCGAUUCAGACUCAAGCCUGGCCAAUCAUCCUUCAAGGAAUUGACCUUAUUGCAAUAGCACAGACUGGUACUGGGAAAACUCUGGCUUAUCUCUUACCUGGUUUCAUUCAUCUUGAUUCUCAACCCAUGGAAGAUGAUGCACAUAGAGAUGUGUAUGAAACAGUAGCUAUGUUUGCAAGGACAAAAUCAAGGUACAAAUUUGCUAAUAAACCUUCUAAAGGAAUUUUUAUCCGUGCUGGACUUGCUGCUGCUUUUUGUGCUGGUCGUUCACCAUUUGUUGGAUUACUGGCUGUAGAUACUGUGGAACAGCAUGUUAUCGUUGUUCAAGAAGAAGAAAAGCGACAGUAUACACUCAAUUUUAUUGAAGACAUGAAGCCAGAAGAUAAAGUCCUGAUCUUCGUUGGAAAAAAACUUAUAGCUGACGACUUGUCAAGUGACUUCAGCUUGCAAGGAAUUCCUGUGCAGUCACUUCAUGGUGACAGAGAACAGUAUGAUCGAGAGCAAGCCCUUGAGGAUUUUAAAAAAGGAAGAGUUCGAAUAUUGGUAGCUACAGACUUGGCAUCACGUGGGCUUGAUGUUCAUGAUAUAACCCAUGUAUUUAAUUAUGAUUUCCCUCGAAAUACUGAGGAGUAUGUCCACAGAGUAGGCCGCACUGGACGAGCAGGGCGCAGUGGUGUAUCAGUAACACUUAUCACAAGGAAUGACUGGAAAGUAGCUGCUGAACUUAUUAAUAUUUUGGAAAGAGCAUGUCAGCCUGUGCCUGAGGAGCUCGUCAUGAUGGCUGAGCGGUAUGAGAUAUUCAAGGCAAAAAGAGAAGCUGAGCGAGAAUUAACCAGACCUCGAGGUGAAAGAAGAAGAGAUGGUGGGCGUCAGUGGCAGAAGUAGCAUACUUAACAUUUCUGCUCCCUUUUAAUUCUAAUACUGUUUGGAAUUAAUUUCUGAAUAAACACUUGUAUUACUAAGCUUGAUGUUAUGGCCAAAGAAUGCUCAGUCACAUAAAGCAAACAUGUUUUGUGUAUUGCAAUUAUAGUAAAAGUUGCUGAAUGAACCAGUAUCUGCUCUUACAUUCUUAUUUGGUACAAAAAAAUCAGAAUUGAAGUCUGAACCAAAUACUACCUAAUUUUAUAACCACGGUGUUUUCUUUUUGAAACAAAGUUUAUAAAACAGUGUGCAGCAUUUUUUCCACAUCAUCAAUGUGGAUAACACAAAAGCAGUCUCUUUGAAAUUAAUGGGUAUAUGCUUGUAGUAAUGCCAAAUGGAAAAUGUUCUGUAAAUAUUACUACCUAGUCCUGCAUUGCAGACAUUUGGACCCAGUAAACUCCACUCCUCUAUUUUAUUGUUGUGAAAGUAAAAAAAAAAAAUGUAGUAUGCAGUACUAAUAGCGUGUGUAUUUUUUUAAACGUAGUCCACUUAGGUUGUUGUAAGAUAAGUAUGGUACGAAGUUUUGUCACAUAAAAAGCUAAUUUAGUUACCAGAUUAUUUCUGUGUUCUUGUUUAUGUUCUGUAGUAUUAUUCCUAAGUAUCUUCUUUAGUAUAUUGUACUGUAGUUUAGAGUGAGAGUUUGUUUCUUUUAUUGGAAGUUAUUUUAAAUUCUGCAUUGUGUAGAAGUGUUUGUAAAUUCAGUUAUAUUUUAUACUGUGGAUUUCUGCAAAGUUAAGCAUCAGUGGACAAAUCUAACUAUGUAUUUAUUCCUUUGUAUCUUACUGAUAAUAGUUAAGUUUCCAAAUGAUCAUUCAGUUGUAUUUUUAAUCGUUUUCUCAAGUCUACCAGUUUUCUAGCUCAUAAAUUUAUAUGCAGGUAGAGUAGUACCAGAUUGUCUUCAGUAGUAAUUUACACCAAUACUGUGAUUUAAUUUUGAUGCUUCGACUUAGUGUGAUCUUUUGUUUGAAAUAAAUAUUAUCCAUAUUUUUGUUUUAA